UUCACCUCAAGGUUUUCCCCUGGUGCGGGUAACUUAAAGACUAUUCCUAGUGGUACUCAAUCCAGCUCUAUGUGUGAUGGAGGCAAAAGCAAGCGAGUUUCAUCGACUUCAUAGGAGACUGCGUAGUGACGAGGAUGAUAAAUGGGAUUGUAGUGUAUGCACCUACAUAAAUCCCAAAGAAUCUUAUAAGUGUGAAAUAUGCCACACCAGGAAAGGAACUUCUACAAGGAAACCGAGAUUAAAUACUCAAGUAGUAGAACAGCAACAGUUAAUUGCUCAAACUAUACUAAAAGAAAAGGAUGAUGAACAAAAAAAGAAAAGAGAAUCUAAAUGCAAGCAGUCUGUAUCCAGUAACUUUCGGUUCAAACACUUUGAUCGAUCCUCACCAUUACUUUUCGAAAUCUUCGCAAAUGGCUAUAGCGUUAUUAUCACUGAAUUCCAACCCAAAUCAAUAAAAUCAAAUGUCAGGAGCUUUUCAGAAAGCCCUGCGCCUUCUAAUUGCUCAUCUCAUCAAGGUUUCGGACCUAACCCGAAUACUUUAGCCGAUGAUAUAUCAUCAACAGACUCACUGACCAAUGUGCCUAUUAACCCACGGCCACACCAUCUUUCGGAGUACGAGUUUAACGAUCCAAUUGAUAUUAAGCCUCCUAAAAUUUCCGAAUAUCCAUCAAAGCCUAGUUUUGGUAUGACAAGAUCUGGUCCAUCACCAGUUGAGGAGCCUAUGCGCCCUUGUAGAUCGUACUCACCUGCAUCCAGUUCAGCUGGUGGCAACACACUAAGCAGAGCAAGCUCACCACCUAAUUCAAUUGGUCCUUGCCUGUUUGAUGUCAAAAAAGAACAAGCUGCUCUUGAGGCUGAACAAGCCGCUCAUGAUGGUGAUGAUGAGUGUGAAGAAGAAGAAAAUAUUCCUAAAGCUAGCUUAUCAACAGAACCAAAGCUCUGCUCUCGUGAAACUAAACAAUCCAGGCGGUCCGUUUUACGAACUGUUUCUUUAAAUUCAUCUUGUUCAUCUCAGAGCCGCCGAAGUCACCGAGAAGAUAGAUUACGCUGUACUUCCUCCAUGUCACCUUUAAAGCGAAAGAAACUGACUAGUGGUUCUAGUCGCGGUAAUUGCAUAGGUUUAUCCUCUCUUCCACGUGGUUGUCAGUCAAAAUGUAGAAUAUCAAAAGAAAUAAACUCUUUAAUGUCUCCUACUAGUUACCGUUCCUUACGCAGUGGCAGCGACAAGUAUGUCGCUAAUGUAACGAAAUCCAAAAAAUCAUCAAAACGAUUCAAAAAGUUCUCUAGUCAGUUGGAUGCAAACUUAAAACCACAAAAACGUCAACGAUUUGAAGAAUUACCGAAGUCUAAUUGUAAACAGCGACUGCAAAAUGGACAAGAGUAUGAAGAGUCUAUAAUGGCAAACGAAAAAGUUAUCUACAAUAAGAGUUCUUUUUCUAGUAAUAUCAAUUGUAGCAUCUCUACUAAUCAUUACACUUUUCCUGAUGAUGAGCCAAAAAUACAUUCAUCACCAGAUCAUAAAGAUUCUACUUGCUCUGUAUCUAUAUCCCAGACACAUCCACGUUUAUCAACAGAAUCUAAAAACACUAGUGCAAUGACAGAUAGCAGUGGAGCUACUGCCUUAGAAAUGUCUAGCUAAUUAAUUUCUGUUUUGUUUUCUUUUUCUAGGAAUUAUUUUCGUGUGAUGAUAGUUUUUACUCUGAUUGUAUAAAAUUGUCUAAUUUGUUUCCUUUACUAACGUUUUUUUUAAAAAGAAAGUAACUAAUCAUUAUAUUUCAUCGAGAAAUUUUACUUAAAAGACUAAAAUAUUAAAAUGAUGCACUGAAUAAGGUCUAAUGUCCGCUAUGUAUGAAAUGUAUUUAAUGCAAACCUGUCAUAUCUUGUUGUUGUAGGUAUCAAAUAAGAAAUAUCUAUCAAUAAAGGAAGUCACUCUUUAGUGCCUUUAAUACUUUAUACACAUAGUGUAACAAUUACACUUCUUAUUUUUUCGAUAUUUACCGUGUUGUAAAUGUACAUAUAUUAUCAAAUCUUUAAAAAAAGUCAAAUAUGUGAAUAUUCAUGUAGGUGUAUUAUAUUUCUCUAUUUUUAACUUUCCUCUUUGUUUUUGUUCACAUUUCACAUUCAACGAAGGCAAUGUGCUGUGCACAUAUUUAUGGUCUCCAAUUAGAAAAUUUAUUGUUUAGCUACCAAUUAUAAUGUUAAAAAUUCUUUGUUUAUUUCAUUCUACCAAGUUUUUUUCCGAAGUUUCUAUUACUAUUUUUACCAUUAUUGUUAUUAUUAUUAUUCGGAAAACACUUGAUCCUGUUUAUCAUAUUUUGUUGUUUUUAAUAUAAUGCAAAAUUAUUUUAUGAAGUAUGAUUGAUCUCAACUAAUAAUCUUCUUUGUUCUUCCUCUAUUGUCGUUUAUUGUUUUUGUUUUUCACUUUUCCCAUAUACAUAUAUAUUUGUAAAGUUUUUAUACAUAAAUGUAUAGUUCUAAUGUUAUUACAAUGCUAUCGUAAUACACACCAUGUUGUAUUGUUCUGCGCC